AUGGUGCAGACCUUUCUUGAGAAACCGGCUAGUUUGGAACUUUUGUCACAGAAAUCUAAGGAUAAGUUGAGUCAAGUUCCAGAUUACCCUUUAGAUUAUAAUAUAUUCCUUUGCAAAGGUAUUUCAGAAGCACAAAAAGAUGAUGAAGCUGAGCUUUUAAAGUUCAGAGAAUCUAUUGUCGAUAGUAUUCCAGAUGAUUAUGGUAAUCUUAUCUUUAAAGGGCUCACGAAAAAUGGAGAUGGUUCAAUGAAUCUCGAGUCUACAACAACAUCUAAGCUCCAGAGAAGAUUAUUGCUUUUAUUAAUACUAGAGAGACACAGACGGGAUAUAAUUGCAUUGAACAGGUUGUUGGCAACGGACCCAAAAAAUUGUAAGACUAUACACUAUGUGGAAUUGAAAGAUCCUAUAAAAUACGAGAUAAAAUCGCCGAUAUUUAGAUCAUUUGAAGGUGCCAAAGAUGUCUACCAAGGUAGCUUCAAAAAAUUUUCCGUUUUACAGAAUAUUGAGUACGAUUUUGAGCAUGCCAUAGAUGAAAAUGGUGAUUAUCAGAAUGAUGACGACCUAGUUGAUGCGUUCUGUACUGAAGAUGUGAUGAAGUUUAACUCGAAACUAAAUGAAACAGAUGAUAAAGCUUACGAUUCUUUGGAAGAUGUAGUGGCGAACUCCAGAAUAGCACGAGUCCUCAUCCCAUUGGCGGCACAAGCAUUUUUACUAGAUGAUGGGAAGGAAGAAAAGAAGAAUGCCAAGAGAACAUAUUCCGAAGCCAAAUAG